CGCAAGUCGAAGAAAAUAUAAUCAACGCUGAAUUGAAGUAGUAUUCGCAAGUUGUAGCUCAUUUAUUCGAAAGCAUAAAGAAUUCUAGCCAAAACGGAAGAAUUUGAACCAUUUAGUAAAAAAGACUCUAUGAAUGGAAAACGUCCGCUUUGAGGUCCAAUUAACGAUUCUUCAAGUCGACGGACUCUGGAAACAGGGUCUGUUACGGUCUAUGAAACCGUAUUUGAUAAUUACAGUUGAUGAUGGUCAACUUAUAAAAACAAAUUAUGCAAGUGGCACAUUCCGAUUAGCGUGGGGAUUCACUCACAAGCUAGUGGUGAAUCCGAAAAGCAUCGUCUUGUUACAACUUUUUGAUCAGAAGCGGGCGAACGAGGUUUCUGAUGGAUUCAUUGGCCUAGGGGCCGUGUCAAUUGACUCAUUUAUGCCUUUUCACUUUUCUAAAGAUGAAUAUAAAACUCGAGUUACUUUGCGUUCUGCCAAUGGCUCAUACUGUGGGUCUGUUUAUUGCCAAUUUAAGCGGCGCAAGCUGUCGCCUGAAGAAAUCUCAAACGAUAAGUCCCAGAAAAAUAUUGCGGUAUUCAAUGAUAAUGAAUUAAACACAUGGGAGACGCGGAUUGAUGAUUUUGGACACAUGUAUUACUAUCUUAGUCCGCAGCUUUCCGUAAAUUCUUCUAUUACUUUAGAAAAACUAAAUUCUUUAAAUGAUGAACAACUGCAAAAGAACUUUUCUGGAUUCUUAUUUCCCGAAAAUCUGAAGCUCAAAAUCAACUUGGAUCCAAAUGUCAUCAGACACCUGCUUGAAAACUACCAGCUUGCUCAAUUCGUGCGUCAACAAGUGGCUGUUGAAAAGGGACCUUUACCUGCUUAUUGGGAGAUGCGUUUAAGCGAAGAUUAUCAUAUUUAUUUCGUUGACCAUGUUACGAAAACCACUACUUGGAGUGAUCCAAGAGAUAGUUUAUUGCCUGGAAGGCCAAUUGAGCAAUCUCAAAGUUUACAUGAGUCGUACCUCCGAAAACUUCAUUAUAUGUACGAAAGGCCAGAGAUGGCCGUAAAUAACACUCAAUUGCAGCUGAGAGUAAAUCGUGCUACCGCUCUGGAAGAUGCUUACGAUAUUAUAAUGAAGCUGUCCGUUGAGGAUAUGCGAAAACGGCUUCUUGUACGGUUUCGAAAUGAAGAUGGUUUGGAUUAUGGCGGUGUUUCUCGAGAGUUUUUCUAUAUUUUGUCACAUGCUCUCUUCAAUCCUUCUUAUUCUCUUUUUGAAUAUGCCACUCAGGAUAAUUACGGACUUCGAAUAAGCCCUUCCUCGUAUGUUAAUCCUGAACAUUUGACGUAUUUUCGAUUUGUAGGUAGAAUAAUGGGAUUAGCUAUCUUCCAUCGUCGAUAUUUGGACGUCCAAUUUGUUCUUCCUUUUUAUAAACGACUUCUUCAAAAACCUAUGGUCAUGGAAGACUUUAGAGAUAUAGACGAAAUUUAUUAUGAAAGUCUGAACUGGAUCCGUAACAAUAAAGUGGACGAAUUUUUAUGCCUAAAUUUUAGUUGCGAAGAGAACAGACUUGGUGAUUCUGUUACAAUUGAUCUUAUACCUAAUGGUCGAAAUAUACCUGUUACAGAUGAAAAUAAGUUGGAAUAUCUUCGACUUCUUACAGAUUACAAAUUAGUUCGUUCAACACAUAUGCAAUUUGAUGCUUUAAAAGAAGGGUUAAAUGAGCUAAUUCCCGAUAGUGUAUUACUCCUUUUCGAUGAAAAUGAGCUUGAUGUACUAUUGAAUGGUAAACGAGACAUUGAUGUUGAAGAUUGGAAACGCUAUACAGAUUACAGAGCCUACACAGAAACUGAUAGAAUAGUCACUUGGUUUUGGGAGAUUAUAAGUCAUUGGCCGAUUGAAAAGAAGCAAAAACUUUUACAAUUUUCUACCGGUACUUCUCGUUUGCCUUUGGGCGGAUUUAAAGAUUUACAUGGCAGUGAUGGACCAAGAAAGUUUACUCUUGAAAGUAUUGGUUCUGUCUCUCAACUUCCAAAAGCUCAUACAUGUUUUAACCGGCUAGACAUACCUCCAUAUGAGUCUAAGAAAGAGUUGGAACGCAAACUCACAAUUGCUAUUGAAGAAACAUCUGGUUUUGGAACUGAAUAAAUAUAGAAAGAAGCCUGGAACAAUUUACUUGGUAUUGACAAAUGUGCUGUUUUUUUUUAAUGAUAUUUAUUUAUAAUAAUAAUAAUAAUAUUGCAAUUAAGUGAAUAAUAUAGUUAAAUAUAAAUUUUUUUAAUCAAG